AUGGGGGAGGCCGAAGAUGCACCAACACGGAAAUCUGUUCCCAGCGCUCCUCCUAGUCAUAAGUCGUCAUUCUCCUCUGUGCAGUCAGCUGGCGGAGAUUUGGACAUGGAAGAUGCCCAGGACACAAUAGAAGAGAAUCCUGAAUCUGUGACAUCAGACUCAGACAUGUCCGACCGAUCAGAGGAGGAGACCGCAAUCACUGAAGCGGAAGAGUCAAGGCCAACCGCCGAAGUGACUUCCGUUGCAGACGAGAGCCACAACAUCGCACGAUGCACCACUUGUGGAAAGUCAGUUGGCGGCAAACGAGCCAUGCCAACGACUGAGGAGGAUAUCGACGAGAGGCCUACAGCUGGGAAGACUGUUGCUCGCAAGUUUCCGCACAAGUCUGUGCCCGUUCAAGAAGCGACUCCAGACAUGACGGCGACCGACGAACCAUCUGGCGGCGACGGCGACACCUCACCACUGGAGGUGGAAGUCGAGCAAGGUGCAAGAUCACCCCCCACAGUCAAUUCUCCUGCACGAGAAUGCGAGACGUCCCCGGCCCCCGCUGCUUCUAACUGUGCAGAAAAUGCGGCGGGGGAUGAAUCACCAGUGUCACAAUCGAGCGCAGUGAAUACUGACGCUCCAGCCUGCGAGGACGGCCGGCCUCCUGAGCGCAGUGAGCCCGAGGAUGUCGCGCAAACUCCCGAACCCGAUGAGGAGACAGCGGACACAACCUUUGAAGAGCCUCCGUUCAAAUCUGCUGGAGACGCGGGAGAGGGAAUGUCUCUUGAUGAACCCAUAGAGAAGGCCCCCUCUCCGUGCGAGUUUGCUGCUGAGCCAGAAUGCAUCGACGGCAAGUGUGAGGGUUCAAGCACUCCUUGCCCUGAAGUAAGUGAGGUCACUGAACUCGCUCCCGAAUCGUCUGAGAUUGGGGUGGCUGAAGCGUCCUGCGUUCAGAAAGAAGACGAGCGUCAAGACGAAUCAAGUGAUAGCAGCAUUGAUAAGGAUGACGAGGAGGAGCGUCAGUGCAGAAGGUCCCCUGAGCUGGCCGAUCCCUCAAGUGGCACCUCUCCGGUGUCUUCCCCGGAGACAUCGAAGAAACGACCGCGCUCCUCCAUUGGCGAUAGUGAGUAUGAUGACUAUGGCGACGGCGCUGAAUCUGCCGCAAAGAGGCCUCGAUUAAGCGAGGAGAGGAGUGCGGACGAGGAGAUGGCUGAGGCUAGGCCGGAGUAG